ACGCACAGCCAGAAACGGUGUCCCUGAAAAGUUUGUAGCAGACCGAAGGAAAAAGUACUCCAAUGUCUCAUUAUCAUCAGCUGCAUAAAAAGCAGGCUCAUGCAAGGUGUUCAAGACGUCGUUGCUUGGCGAAUCUAUGGCCAUGCUGUGCACCGCUGCUGGAAACAAAUUGCUGUUUUCAAACGAGAACAAACCGGUCAAAUCCUGGUGGCCUGCUAACGUCAAAAAGAUGUUUCCAAACACCAACGAAGCAAACUUCUCCAAAGAGACCAUCCGACUGCGCAAAGUCAUGUCUACAUUUCUCAAGCCUGACUCUAUCCGAAAGCAUAUAGGCGUCAUGGAUCAGGUCACCAAACACCAUUUCGAUAAGCAUUGGUCCUCGCUGGAUCAAAAACAAGUGAUCAUGUUUCAGUCAUUAGCAAAGAAGUAUACCUCAGCAUUAUCUUGCAGACUCUUCUUAAACAUCGAGGAUCCACAAGUGAUUGCCAAGCUAGAGAAACCCAUUCGGCAUAUAAAUGUGGGGCUCGUUUCAUUGCCAUUAGAUUUGCCGGGCACCAACUUCAAUAGAGCCAUCAGAGCAUCCAAGAAAAUGAGGGAGGAAAUUGAGAGUAUGGUUGUGAAGAGGAAGAUAGAUCUCAUGAAUCUGAAUUUGAUUGAUCGUGAACAAUUAGCGAACGCGCCACAAGAUCUAAUGUCUAGCUUGAUACGAAAAAAUGAGUCCAGAGCAAAUGGAGAUUGCAAAAUCAAAAGAUGA